UUUACUUGUUCCUGAGUUGAGUAGAGAUGAACAUGCCUUUGCCUUUGCUUGUUUCUCUCUGCACUGCCUGCUUCCCAGAUGUCCUCUUCCCCUCCUCCUUCCUAUCAUUCCGAUCUACAAGCUCUCCUGGCUUUUAAGAAUUCCCUCUCCCAUGACCCCUACGAUUCCUUGCAUGAUUGGUCUCCUCGCCACUCCUUUUGCAAUUGGACUGCGAUUCUCUGCUCUUCUCGCCAUCAGCGCGUGCUUUCUCUGAAUCUUACUGGUAUGUCUUUGCUGGGACCAAUCUCUCCUUUCCUUGGCAAUCUCUCUUUUCUUACAGUACUUGCCCUCAAGAAUAACAACUUUCAAGGCCAAAUUCCUCCUCAACUAGGCAAGCUGUCUCGCCUUAGAAUACUUCGAUUGUCUCUUAAUCAAUUGGAAGGUUCCAUUCCCACCACUUUAACAUCUUGCCACUCUUCGGAAGUUCUCAUACUGUCCUAUAACUUUUUGAGUAGCACUAUCCCUUCCCAACUUGGCCAUCUUUCACAAUUAGAAAUCAUUUAUUUAGGAAGAAAUCAAUUGACAGGCACAAUCCCACCCUCCCUAGGAAACCUAUCCUCUUUAAUUGACUUGCAAUUGUCAAACAACAACCUCCAUGGUAGCAUUCCUAUUCAAUUGGGUAUGCUUACUCAACUUAGAGUACUCUAUCUUCAUCAAAACAACUUGACAGGAAUAAUCCCACCCUCCUUAGGAAACCUUUCCUCUCUAACUAAUUUGUCUUUGGAAUACAACAUAGUCCAUGGUAGUAUUCCUAUUGAAUUGGGCAUGUUUACUCAACUCAGACUUCUUGUUCUUCGGGGAAACAACUUGACAGGCACAAUCCCACCUUCCUUAGGAAACCUAUCCUCUUUAACUAACUUGGAUUUGGGACAAAAUAGAAUCCAUGGUAGUAUUCCUAUUCAAUUGGGUAUGCUUACUCAACUUAGAGUACUCUAUCUUCAUCAAAACAACUUGACAGGCACAAUCCCACCUUCCUUAGGAAACCUAUCCUCUUUAACUAACUUGGAUUUAGGACGAAAUAGAAUCCAUGGUAGUAUUCCUAUUCAAUUGGGUAUGCUUACUCAACUUAGAGUACUCUAUCUUCAUCAAAACAACUUGACAGGAAUAAUCCCACCCUCCUUAGGAAACCUUUCCUCUCUAACUAAUUUAUCAUUGGGAUACAACAUACUCCAUGGUAGUAUUCCUAUUGAAUUGAGUAUGCUUAGUCAACUCAAAGAACUUUAUCUUGAACAAAACAAACUCAAUGGUAGUAUUCCUAUUGAAUUGGGCAUGCUUUCUCAACUCAUAAAACUUUAUCUUAGAUACAAUAGCUUGACAGGAGUGAUUCCAUUCUAGAUUUGGAGAACUAUCAUUCAGUUAUACUCAAAAAGUAUAACUAAGUGAAAACAUGCUUUCAAGGAAAUUUCUAGAUAGACUUGAUGAUCUUCCACGUGAAAGACAUCUUGCUCUUGAUCACAGUGUACUUGUGAGGAAAAUACCUCUCAAUUCAAGGAUAUUCCAAAUGUGAGAUCAAGUGAACUUAUCUCAUAAUUCAAGUUAAGAGGAAAUAUGUAAUGUUUGGCCAAACUCUAAAACUAUAAAGCUGGUGUGUAGAUUCUAGUCAUUUAUAUGACAAGCAUA